UCAGAAAACACACCGCUUCCGAAUAAACCAUCCACUUCGCGUAUUACCAUGCAAAAUCAUUCUAAAGUGCUAAGUGUUCUUCUUUUCACAUAAGCCUGAGUAAAAAAUUCUGAUCAAGAGUAAUUUUUAAUCAGGAGGGAGUUUGAGGUAGUCAAGGUCAUUUUUUGAUUUUGUUAAUACUCGUUUUGCUUCACUCUCGGUGAAAUACGUGUACUGAUCAAAGCUAUUUGUGACUGAAUCCUUACCGAACAUCUUACUAGCCCAAUUGUUCCAAAAUACUAAUGGUACUACUUGGUGUGCAAAUUAGUUGUGAACUUACGAAUGUCACUAAUCUAAGUCCUUCAUGUGAUAAUUUUCGUUGGUAUUUAAAGGUAAAGUGCGGGAACUGCGGCGAAAAUACUCAUGAUUACGUAUACAUUAACAGUGUAGAAAAGACACCAAUUCAAGACAGUCGCGGGGAUGCGAAUUUAGUAAUCCGGUGUAAAUUUUGUAAACGAGUUUCAAAUGCUGAUAUUAUUCCUGGUAGCAUACUUCCAUACUCACUUGACGAUUCUGGUCAUUUCAAAACCAUUGCAAAAUUUGACUGUCGUGGUUUAGAAUUUACUGAGUUUUCUCCUCGUUGUGGUUGGUCUGCUUCAAGUGUCAACUCCGAUGCGGUUUUUGAUGACAUCUCAUUAACGGAUGAGAUUUGGUGUGAUUAUGAUGAGAAAGGUAAAUGUGAAGUCAGCAUACAAAAUUUUCAAAGUCAAAUAAUUAAAUUGAAAUGUUAAUAACUGAAUAUUUAUGAUCUGUUCACCUUCCUGUUUGUAUUAUGUAUAUUAUUAUUUCGAUAAUUGUUUUAUAUUAUUAUUGAAAAAUAAAAUACUCGUUCUGUUUUUGCCUAAAUUAUUGAUAUAAAUUUAUUCAUUUUAAACUUAUGAUAUCAAUGGAGUUCCAAAGAAUUUCAAUAUCUUUUUAUGACAGGAAUAAAAUUAAUUCGACUUGUUAUAAGAAAAUAAAGAUGACCGCUGUAAAAUAUUUAUUAGAUAUCAAAACUAAAUUUAAUAAUUAUAACCCAGAACUACCACAUAAAAUGUAACACAUAUACAUCGAUUCAAGUUGAUAUACUACUUUAGUAUAGUGAGAUGAAAUUAUUUCAAGAUAAAUCCCAGAGUAGUAGAAGUAGUAGUAAUAUUGAGAUGGUGGAGAAGAUUUGUAGCUCAGGUGGAUGAUUUUGGUGGAGUUUUGUUCUCAGCUCAGAGAACAAAACUCCACCAAAGUAAUAAUAUUGGUAGUAGCAGUAGGGAAGAUGAAGUAUAAAAAACAAAAUGUAUGAAGGGAUUUUUUGAUUUGGUUUCAAAAGGAAGACAAGGAGUGAAUGCACCAAUGCCAUUGAACACAAUUCUAAGGCUUUUCCCAAAGUAUGACCUUUGGUUACAGUAUUUAUGCGGACUUGAAAUAGUUAGUCUCCACGUAUUAAUGUUUCUGAGCCCGAUUGUCAGUGACAUAAUUGACUGUUGACAUGUUUUGGUUUGGCUACCCCUAGCUUUCUUCCAGCCUACAUUAGAAAACGCCCGUUGAGGUAGGCAGUGAUUUGGAAUAUGUGGUACAUAAUCCAGCCACUCCAGUUGGUGCAGUUUUACUAGCUCUUCGACUUAUUUAUCAUCUUUACUUAGUACCCUAACCUCAGCGUUGCUCACUCAGUGGUUCCUAUCUUAGAAGAAUGUCACCCCAAAUUAAUCCAUAACCAAGUGUUAUUUUAUCCUAACAACUAUGAAUAAGUUUAUUGAUAGGGGUUUGAAUUAUCCCAUUGCUGGUAUUUAGGACUGAAUGUUGGGUCUGUUGACAUUGUGCAUCCUGUGCUGAUUGGCU